AUGGCUCUCACCGAGACAGCACCCCUCCUUGGCUCCAACCAACCUCAUAUUCCGCCAGCGCCAUGGUCCAAAGCGCUGCCAUCCGCCAGGGACCCGGCACGCCGCCUGCCGCAAGCCAUUGCUCACCGUGGCUACAAGUCUCGCUACCCCGAGAACUCCAUGGCCGCCUUCCGCGCUGCCGUCAAUGUCGGCACGCACGCCAUUGAGACGGACAUUCACCUCUCGGCCGACCAUGAGGGUGUCCUCUCCCACGACGGCAACCUCAAGCGCUGCUUCGGCGUUGACAAGCCCGUUAGCGCCUGCCCGUGGUCCUACCUGGCCACCCUGCGCAGCCUGCGCGCUCCUCACGAACCGAUGCCCCGCCUCGUCGACCUGUCGGAUGGCCUGGCCUGGGACCAGCGCAUUGUCGUCGGCUGUUGGACGCAGGACUUCCUCCACGCCUCGCUGCGCCAUCUCCCCUCCUACUCGCCUGCUCACAUCUCCCACUCGCCCUACAACUCGAACCGCUUCCUGGAUUGCCCCGAGUAUGCCGGCCUGUCGUUCAACAUGCUGCAGCCGACGCUCGUAGGUCCUUAUGGCAAGCGCUUCAUACAACGUGUCAGGGCGGCCCCUGAUGCCGAGGAGCGCCGCUUGUACGUGUGGACGGUGAAUCAGGUCGAGUGGAUGGAGUGGUCGAUCGAGAAAGGCAUGGAUGGCGUCGUGACAGACGAUCCUGCUGCGUAUCUGAACGUCCUGAAGCGUUGGGAGGAGGCUGCUGCCGAGGGGUCCGAGACUGGGAGCAACGCGGCUGAGCAGCAGACCUCGACCGGCACCGAGAGUCACCCACCGGUAGCGGCUAAGACGACUGCCACUGGCUUGAGGCGCUGGACCUGGUUGUACUUCCAGGUCGCCGCGAUCCAAGUUCUCCUUAUGCUCCUGACACCGUGGCUUGUACGACGCUCAAGGUGGAAGUUCACCAAACCUAGCAAGAAGAGCGUGCCCAAGGCAUAA